AGCGUGGAAAGAUGGCGGCGCCCCUGUGAACAUGCCGAAAAGAGAAGUUGAGCAGUGACCGAGGGACGUUCAGGAUGGAGGGUCCGGCAGCAUCUCAGGAGUUGGGAGAAACCAUAAUUACAGAAGGGAAAGCCAGCGUCAUCUACCCCAGUGCCAACCAAGUGUUCUACAAUCCUGUCCAGGAGUUCAACAGAGAUCUGACAUGCGCUGUGCUCACGGAAUUUACUCGCAUGCGUCUUGCAGAAAAAGAAAUUGACAUCGUGGUGCCGGGCGAGAGGGAGAGCAAGAAGGUGGUUGUGAAUCUUUCGGAUAAUGGAGACGAUGAAAUAAAACCUCCUCCAGGUGAUGACGCCCCUUCCAGCCGCCGCACUGUCACUGUUGGGGAAUCUUGUCCUGAAGGACUCCGUGUGCUGGAGGGAUUGGCAGCCUCAGGUUUGCGUUCCAUCCGCUUUGCCAAGGAAGUCCCCGGCCUCCACAGCAUCAUUGCCAAUGACUUCUCAUUAAGCGCUGUAGAGCUGAUCAAACGGAAUAUAAAGUACAACAACGUGGAGAGCCUGGUGACGGGCAGCUACAGUGAUGCCAGGAUGUUGAUGUACAAUAGGAUGGGGAUACGAGAUCGCUUUGAUGUCAUAGAUCUGGAUCCCUAUGGAAGCCCGGCCAUGUUUCUGGAUGCAGCAGUGCAGAGUGUCAGCGAUGGAGGGUUAUUGUGCGUCACCUGCACUGAUAUGGCCGUAAUGGCAGGCAAUAACGGAGAGACUUGUUACGGGAAAUACGGAGCCAUGUCUCUGAAGUCCAGGUUCUGUCAUGAAAUGGCUCUGCGGAUUCUGUUACACAGUUUGGAUAUGCGCUCCAACUGUUACCAACGUUACAUCGUUCCCCUGCUCAGCAUCUCCGCUGAUUUCUACAUCCGUGUGUUUGUGCGCGUCUUCUCAAGUCAGGCCAAGGUAAAGAUGUCCGCCAGUAAACAAGCCUUGGUGUACAACUGUGUGGGAUGUGGAACGUUCCAUCUGCAGCGUAUGGGUAGAGCCAUUGCCCAUGGAAACAACAUGAAGUACUCAGCUGGCUGUGGUCCUCCAGUGGGAAUGAACUGUGAGUUUUGCCAGCAGCGACAUCAGGUUGGGGGACCCGUCUGGGCUGAGGCACUCCAUGACAAGGAGUUUGUGCAAAGAGUUCUGUCCGCUUCAGAGCGCAACCCGAAGAGGUUCAAGACAUCCGACAGAAUAGAGGGAAUGCUCAGUGUGGUCUCUGAGGAGUUGGAUAUCCCAUUAUAUUACACACUGGACAAUCUGAGCAGCACAAUCCGCUGCAGCACCCCCGGACUGCUCCAGUUCAGGUCUGCCCUGCUGCAUGCUGGGUACAAGGUCUCCCUGUCACAUGCUUGUCAGAACGCCAUCAAAACCGAUGCACCCCCCUCUAUCAUCUGGGAUAUUGUGAGGUGCUGGGAGAAGCAGAAUCCGGUGAAGAGGGAAAGGUUGUCUGAGACGAGUCCAGCACAUCACAUCCUCAGUACGGAGCCCAGGAUCCAGGCCAACUUCGAGGUCCGGCAAGAUGCCAAUCCAAAGUCUCGAAAACUGGGUUUAAAGAGGUUCCAGGAGAACCCCGAGGCUAAUUGGGGCCCGAAAGCGCGAGCUAAAGCCGGUGGCGGCAUUUCCAUCAGUCUGGAAGAGAGGAGGAAGCAACACCAAAACAAGAGGAAAUCCUCUCCAGAAGAAGUCAACUUCAAACAGUUUCCUUGCAAGAAGUUCAGACAGGGCUCCUGUGACCUUGGAGAUGGCUGCCGUUACAAUCACACACCCCCAGACUCUGAAAUGAAGUCUGAAGAUGAACCUGUAGCAGCAGAUGACAGAACGGCGCCCAGCUAA